ACACACACUGACAGGAGCUAAGUGCUAAAAGACAGACAGACAGACACACACACAGACAGACAGCUAGAGAGACAGACAGCUGGAGAGACAGACAGCUGGAGAGACAAGUGGAGGGAGGCUGAUGCUGGCUACACACACACACACACUCACACACACACACACACUCACACACACACACACACACACACACACACACACACACACACACACACACACAGGAGCUGCAGGGAAGCUAGCUGGUUAGCAUGCUCAGUAUAGAAAGCUAAUCUACUGCCAUACACACACACACAGACACACACAAACUCUCUCACACACACACACACACAGCAAUGCAAUGUCUGAGGCUUCUAAUUGGUCGGUCCAGAUGUAGUCAAACUGUAGGUUGACGGACAGCUCAUUUGGGGGCGGAGCCGGCAGGUGGUGGUGAUGUCAAAACGAGGAGCAGGGGGGCGGGGGAAAGGGGAGCGACCUGACGCCAUGGCAACUCUUCAAGCAGCCAAUGAAGAGCUGAGAGCAAAACUGACGGACAUCCAGAUAGAACUACAACAGGAAAAGAACAAGGUCAGCCGUCUGGAGAGAGAGAAGAGUCAGGAACUAAAAGCGGAGCAUCACCGUUCAACAGUCGCUGUAACAGAGCUGAAGACCAAACUCCACGAGGAAAAGCAGAAGGAACUGGCUGUUACCAGGGAGACGUUACUACGACAACACGAGAUGGAGCUAAUGAGAGUCAUCAAGAUCAAAGAUGGAGAAAUUCAGCGUCUGAACGGACUGGUGCUGACUCUGAGGGACGGAUCCACAGACAAGGUGAGGAGCGCCCUGCUGGCAGAGGUGGAGGAGGCCAGGAGGGGAUGGGAGGCGGAGCGCUGUCGCCUCCAGCAGGAAGUUCAGGAGCUGCGAGGAGCAAAGCGGAAUGCUGAGGAGGCUCUGACAUCGGCUCAGCAGGCCUGUCAGGCCCGAGCAGCAGAACUACGAUCAGCUCAUCACCAACACCAGGAGGAGCUCAACAGAACCAAGAGAGACUGUGAGAGGGAGAUCCGCAGACUGAUGGAUGAGAUAAAGCUGAAGGACAGAGCUGUCAGUGUAUUGGAUAAAGCCCUGGGGCUUCAGGCUGGACAUGCCCACCGCCUCCAGCUCCAGACUCAGGCUGCUGAGCAGCAAAUCGCAGCCAUGAGAGAUGCACAGAGGGUGGGACUAAAUCACCCUGGCCAAGCCCCUAACUCCGCCCCUAACACUCCUCCUCACAUUUCUCAGGAGGACCGCGACACUCGCAGGUUUCAGUUAAAAAUUGCUGAGCUCAGCGCCGUUGUCAGAAAGCUGGAAGACCGAAACGCCCUGCUGUCAGAAGAACGUAACGAACUGUUGAAGCGUCUCAGAGAGGCGGAGAGUCAGUUUCUUCCUCUGCUGGACAAAAACAAACGUCUGAGCAGGAAGAACGAGGAGCUGGCUCUCGCUCUGCGUCGCCUCGACAACAAGCUUCGCUUUGUCACCCAGGAAAACAUGGAGAUGGUAACUAUGAGGAGGCCGAGUUCUUUAAAUGACCUGGACCGCAGCCACUCUACCAGUUACCAUGGUUACAGCCAGGAGGAAAGAGAGAUGGAGUUUCUACGAUUACAAGUUCAGGAGCAGCAACACAUCAUCGAUGACCUGUCCAAGGCUCUGGAGACAGCUGGUUAUGUGAAGAAUGUUAUAGAGAGAGACAUGUUACUCAGAUACAGACGUCAGGAUUCAGUGAGGAGGAAACGAACCUUCAGAGCCUGCAGGGUCAUUGAGACGUUUUAUGGUUAUGAUGAAGAGGCGUCGGUGGACUCUGAUGGAUCAUCUUUGUCCUUUCACACUGACAGAACUCCAGACACUGAACCAGAGGAGAUGUGUGUGCGUGAGGAGGCGGAACUUCGUUACCGUCAGCUGACUCAGGAGUAUCAGGCGCUGCAGCGAGCGUAUGCGCUGCUGACGGAGACAAGUGGAGGAAACUACGACCCUGAGAAGGAGAUCAAGACCAGAGAACAGCUGCUGACUGAAAUCAGUCGAUAUGAAACCAGAGUUGCAGAUCUGGAGUCAGCACUGAAACAACAAGGACUGGAUGUGAAAUGGGUGGAGGAGAAGCAGGCGUUGUAUCAGAGGAAUCAGGAGCUGGUGGAGAAGGUGAAGCAGAUGGAAGGUGAAGAUCUGCGGCUGAAAAACGAGAUCCAGGAUGUCAAAGAUCAAAACGAGCUGCUGGAAUUUCGGAUCUUAGAGCUCGAGGAGAGGGAGCGACGCUCACCUGCCAUUAACUUCCAACAACUCUAUUUCCCAGAAGGCCUCAGCCCUCUGCAGAUCUACUGCGAGGCAGAGGGAGUCACUGAGAUUGUAAUCAGUGAGUUGAUGAAGAAACUCGACAUACUGGGAGAUAACGCCGUAAGUAAUCUGUCCAAUGAGGAGCAGGUGGUGGUGAUCCAUGCGAGGACAGUGCUCACUCUAGCAGAAAAGUGGUUGGAGUCCAUUGAAGUGACGAAGUCAGCUCUGCAGCAGAAGAUGUUGGACAUUGAGAGCGAGAAGGAUCUGUUCAGUAAACAGAAAGGAUACCUCGAUGAAGAGCUGGACUACAGGAAGCAGUCCAUGGAUCAGGCUCAUAAGAGGAUCCUGGAGCUAGAGGCCAUGUUGUUUGAGGCUCUGCAGCAGGAGGAUGAGUCCAGGAUGGAGGGAUUAAAGAUGGAGGAAGGUCGUUUAUCUGAAACACUGACAGACGAAGAGAAGGAGGAGCUUAGGAAAGCAAUGGACCAAUGGAAACGGACUGUAAUGUUUGAACUGAGAGAGAGAGACGCCCAAAUCCUCAGAGAAAGGAUGGAACUACUGCAGCUCACCCAACAGAGGAAUAAGGAUCUGGAGGAAUGUAUCGAAGCACAGAAACGACAGAUUAAAGAGCUUGAAGAAAAGUUUCUAUUUUUGUUUCUAUUCUUCUCUUUGGCCUUCAUCCUCUGGUCCUAACAACAGCUGUGUUUGCAGGCCUCCAGAGUCCAGCAGCUGAACCUUCAGCAGUGUCCGCUCAGUCUGGAUCAGACCAAUCGACAAGAAGAUUCAGAAGGAUUCAGAUUUUGGAACCAGCAGUUUAUUGGCUGAGGCAUGUUAGCUACACUGCCCCACUGACCUGCCUCUGGCUUCUGACAGCCAAUCAGAGCAGAGCUCAGCUGUCAGCUGACUCUGGAACUACACUGUCACACCUCAUAGACGAAGACAAGGAUGGUUUCCAUGGCAGAAGAAUGUUGUAUUUCAUACAACUGGCAACAUGCUAACUAGGUUCCUGUUAGCUAUUGUGGCUAUACCUGAUAUGUAGCCAAACACAUUGUGGUCUCAGGAGGCCCUCUGGACCAAAGUGGUGCUGGACUUCAUACAGUUUUACCUCAGCUAGCUGGACUUCUAUCCACGCUAGCUUAGUUAGCUGAAUUCAUACAGUUAACUCAGCUAGUUGGCUUCAGUUGGAGUUAACUAACCUGUUUGUGGGUUAAUGAUGUGACAGGAUGAGUGCACACAAAAAGACAUUACCCAACAGAUGUUAAACGGAGCGUUCUCGUCUAUCCUGAUAUAAGUUCCAUUGAAUUUACCUUUGUUCUGAUUGGCUGGUCCACCUGCAGACUUGAGAGCAUUUCAGCUCCACUCAUGGAUCUAUGGUUACAGUCUGUAACUUCCAUGUGGUUUCAGCUGUCUCGAAUCAUCGUGGGACCAAAAAGGAGACAUUUCUUCAUUAUGUCAGGAGGUCUGCUGGAGGUCAGAACUGAACCAGAACCAGAAGUGAUCUGAAAGAACAAAGCAUGAAGUCUGAACCAGGAUUAGAAACAGGUUCAGACAUGAUGACGUGACUCAGUCUCUGAGCCAGAUCACAACAUGGUUUUACAGUAAAGUAAACAAUUAGCUCAUUAUAGCCCCAACUGAACAGAACAAACACAAAACCUGAAAUUAAAUUAAAUUAAUAUUGAAAUGACUUUCUAAUCAAAUAAAUCAAUAAAAAUUAAAAUUGAAUCAAAUUAAUGUUUUCUGUCUAACAUCCUCCAUGUUUCAUAUUUCGUCAUUUCAAUAUCAAGUUUUUGUUUUUAUUCUUUUAGUGCGACGAUGAAGAACAUAAUUUAAAUGUUAACAAUGUUCUGUCUGUGGUUGAAACCGGAUCAGAACCAUGAGUCCAUCCCUGUUUGACAAACUGGAUCCAGCUGUUGUACUUUUGUUAUUCAGAUGAUAUUUUUCUAUCUGUGAGUCUGAACUCAGUAAACAUCUGAAGAGUCAACGCUUAGAUUCAGAUUAAAGAUGGAAACUGGACUGAAGACAAACGUGU